AUGGAUUUGAUGUAUCUUGGAAGUGAGCACUGUGUUUACCCUUCUAUGUUGUUCCACCUACGGCCUUUCUCCCUCCAAACCUUGUUCAAGCGUGGCUUCACCCCCACUCCUAAUCCCAUCAACCGCUUCCUCCUCUUCCUCUUCCACCUCCACAAGUUCAACCUAAUCACCCACUUCUUCUCCCAGCUGCAGACCAACAACGCCCCCACUAAUCCGCGAACCCUCUCCAUCCUCACAUGGGCACUCCUCAAAUCCCACAAAUUCGAACAAGCAGAACAAUUCAUGCACUCUCACGUGCAAAUAACUCAUCCCUUCAUGUGGGAUACCCUCAUCCAAGGCCUCUGCACUCAACGCCACGAUCCCGACACAGCUCUCUCCGUUUUGCAGCGUUGUGUGAGGGACCGUGCUGUGAUACCUUCUUCUUUCACCUUUUGUUUGAUAGUUCAUGAAUUGAGCUCAAAGGGGCUGAUGGGUAGGGCCGUGGAGGUGCUGGAGUUGAUGGCUGAGGAUGGAGUCAGGUACCCUUUUGAUGAUUUUGUCUGUAGUUCCGUGAUUUCUGGGUUUUGUAAGGUGGGAAAACCGGAACUUGGGUUGGUUUUUUUUAAGAGUGUUACUGAUUGUGGCGGGUUGAGGCCCAAUGUGGUGACUUGCACGGCUCUUGUGGGGGCUCUUUGUAAGAUGGGGAGGGUUGGUGAAGUGUGUGGUUUGGUACAGUGGAUGGAGAGGGAAGGGUUGGGAUUGGAUGUUGUUUUGUAUAGUGCUUGGGCUUGUGGGUAUGUUGAGGAGAGGGUUUUGGUGGAGGUUUUAAGGAGGAUGAGGGAAAUGGAGGAGAAGGGUAUAUGCCAUGAUUGUGUAAGUUAUACUGUGCUUGUAGAUGCGUUUUCCAAGCUAGGUGAUGUGGAGAAGUCGUUUACUUUCUUGGCCAAGAUGAUAAAAGAAGGACAUAGACCUAAUAAAGUCACAUACAGUGCAAUCAUGUCUGCUUAUUGUAAGAAGGGUAAGGUUGGGGAAGCGUUUUCUGUUUUUGAGAGGAUGAAAGAAUUGGGAAUUGAAAUUGAUGAAUAUGUGUUUGUGAUUUUGAUUGAUGGGUUUGGAAGGAGAGGGGAUUUCAAUAAGGUGUUUAGUUUGUUUGAUGAAAUGGAGAGGAGCGGGAUCAGUCCCAGUGUUGUUGCAUACAAUGCUGUGAUGAAUGGUUUAUCCAAGCAUGGGAGGACAUUUGAGGCAGAUGAGUUAUCGAAAAAUGUUGCUACGGAUGUAAUUACAUACAGCACACUGUUGCAUGGGUAUACUGAAGAAGAGAAUAUUCCCGGGAUUUUGGAGACGAAAAGCCGAAUAGAAGAAGCUGGGAUUGCUAUGGAUGUUGUGAUGUGUAAUGUACUGAUCAAAGCCCUGUUUAUGAUGGGGGCUUUUGAAGAUGUUUAUGCACUUUACAAAGGAAUGCCUGAAAUGGAUCUGGUUCCGAAUUCAGUUACUUACUGCACAAUGAUUGAUGGGUAUUGCAAGGUAGGUAGAGUUGACGAGGCACUUGAGGUAUUUGAUGAAUUUAGAAAGACUUCAAUGCCAUCACAUGCAUGCUACAAUAGUAUUAUUAAUGGUCUUUGCAAGAAUGGUAUGGCAGAAAUGGCUAUUGAGGCAUUACUUGAACUCAAUCACGCAGGUCUCGAGUUGGGUAUGGGUACAUUUAGGAUGUUAAUGUACACAAUUUUUGAAGAAAACAAUACAAAAGAGGCUUUAGAUUUAGUUUACAGAAUGGCUGGUUUGGGACCAGACAUAUAUAGUGCUGUAUGUAAUGAUUCCAUCUUUUUAUUAUGUCAACGAGGAUUACUUGAUGAUGCAAAUCAUAUGUGCAUGAUGAUGAAAAAGAAAGGUCUAUCUGUCAUGGGCAAGUCUUAUUAUUCAAUUUUGAGAGGGUAUCUUAGUAAUGGAAAUAUGGAGAAAAUUCUGCCGCUUUUGAAUAGCUUCCUGAAAGAAUAUGGUCUAGUUGAUGGAAUGGUACAAAAGAUACUUGCGUGCUACCUCUGUAUGAAAGAUGUCAACUGUGCCCUUCAAUUUAUUGGAAAAACAUUGGAUAACUCUUCAGCCAGCAUUUUUCCUGCCUCUAUUCUCAAGAUUCUCAUAAAGGAGGGUAGAUCUUUAGAUGCAUAUAAGCUUGUCACAGAGACUCCGGAUAAUUUACCAGUCACAUAUGUUGAUUAUGCAAUUGUUAUUGAUGGCUUGUGCAAGGGAGGAUAUCUCAAUAAAGCAUUGGAUCUCUGUGCCUUUGUUGAAAAAAAGGGAAUGAAUUUAAACAUUGUCAUAUAUAAUUCAAUCAUAAAUGGAUUGUGCCAUGAGGGAUGCCUUAUUGAAGCAUUUCGGCUAUUGGAUUCAUUAGAGAAACUUAAUUUGGUACCCUCUGAAAUAACUUAUGCUACAGUAGUUUAUGCUCUAUGUAGGGCGGGAUUUUUGCUAGAUGCAGAGCAUGUUUUCAGGAAAAUGGUCCUCAAGGGCUUUCAGCCUAAAGUACAAGUUUACAAUUCAUUACUUGAUGGCAUUUCUAAGUUUGGAAAAUUAGAAAAGGCAUUUGAGCUUCUUAAUAAUAUGGAGAAAAAUUAUAUUGAGCCUGACAGUCUGACUAUAAGUGCUACAAUUAAUUGCUAUUGCCAAAAGGGUGAUAUGCAAGGAGCCCUUGAAUUCUAUUAUAAUUUCAAGAGGAAAGAUGUAACACCUGAUUUUUUUGGGUUCUUGUAUUUGAUAAGAGGUCUUUGUACCAAGGGAAGGAUGGAAGAAGCCAGGAGUGUUUUGAGAGAAAUGCUCCAAUCCAAGAACGUGGCAGAGUUAAAUAACAUAGUCAACAAGGAGGCUGUUACCGAGUCAAUAAGUGAUUUCCUUGCCACUUUGUGUGAGCAAGGAAGGGUUGAAGAAGCUGUUACAGUUCUCAAUGAAAUUGCAUGUAUACUUUUUCCUCUUCAUAGGUUGUCCACUUAUAAUCAAGGAUUCCAUAAACAACAGAAGAUUUAUGAAUCGAAGGAUUUUGGUUCAGAAUGCUCAAGCAUUCAACCCUCCUCUUGCAAAAGUGGUUUGUAUCAUGGAUCUUGUGAUGACAAAGAUGCAAGUAAUCUUACAGCAAAUAAUGGUGGUUAUAUGACAAGAUCCCAAAUGCAUGGCUUUGACUUCUAUUAUUCUAAAAUUGCUGCACUUUGCGCCAAAGGAGAGCUUCAGAAAGCAAAUCAAUCAGCAAAAGAAAUGCUUUCUGAUCUGACGGAGUCCAUGAACUGA